AUGGCAGAUGAUGUCUUGCCGCCUAGUGUCUACCAUCAAACUGCGGGUGCCUGUGGGUAUGGUGUCGCGGUGACGUCCUACUACGGUAGCCAUCUCGCGGCGGCUGUUCCAUCCAUCUUCAACGACGGAACCGGUUGUGGCGCCUGUUUUCAGAUUCGAUGCAAGAAUAAGAAGCUAUGCAGCGAGGGAGGCACGAAGGUGGUGGUGGUGACUGAGCUGGGAUUGGGAUUGGGAAGCAGCAGCAGCAGUAUGAAUGUGACCACAGAUUUGGUGCUGAGCCGCAGGGCUUUCAGGGCCUUGUCCAAACUAGGCCUGCAUCGUCACCUCUUCGGACUCGGCAUCGUCGACAUCCAAUAUCACAGAGUAGCAUGUGAAUACGAGCACCGGAAUCUGGGGAUUCGGGUGGAAGAAAGCAGCCACAAACCACACCAUUAUCUCGCCAUUACCUUGUUAUUCCAAGGUGGUCAGACCCACAUCCUGGCUGUCUCUGUCGCUAAGGUUGGAACCGGAGAUUGGCGCGACAUGACCAGAAACCACGGCGCAGUGUGGCACACGACCCGAGCCCCCGCCGGGGCAUUGGAGUUCUUGGUGGUUGUGACUUCGGGAUACGAUGGCAAGUAUUACUACCUCAAGAAUGUGAUGCCGGGUGAGUGGAAGAUUGGGGUGAUUUAUGAUACGGGUUUAAACCUUACUGACAUUGCUCCGGAGAACUGUCCCACCAUGGGUUAA